UUAACAGCUGAGUGAGGGACUCUCCCUGACUUCAUUGCUGCUCCCUGCUGGCUACAGUCAUGGCUGCACAGCUGGUCAUCUCUCUGCUGGCUCUCGCCUCCCUGGCAUCUGCGUCUGAGCUGGACUGCAAGGAACUGAUCAAGCCUCUGGUGCUGGACGACCACAGUCCUAUCUAUGGGAAGUGGAUCAUGCACAUGGGCACCUACGAUCACGAGGGCCUGAGGAGUGACUUGGUGUCCGUCAGCAGUUCCUGGGUGGAGAUGUCGGCCUCAGCUGAGACACACGUUCUGUCCGUCUACUGGGCCGACCGAGUAAAUGGAACUUGCAUGCAUGGGGUCGCCAACGGCACCGUCUCUGACGCCAUCACCCACGCCACAUUCACAAUCAACGGUCACACUUCCUUCCAUGACGGGAAAUACUUCGAGACCUGCCCCGACUGCCUCAUGUCUGAAGACACCACCAUGCUGCCGGACGACACGGCGAUGGGCCGAUACUUUUACCUUUUCACACGGACUGGGAAACUAGACGCGGCCCACGUGGAGACCGUCAAGAAGCAGGCCAAGUGUCUGAAUUUCGUCAACGAUUUCCACUUCAUGGGUGAAGACCACUGCCCUGACACCAGAGAGCCGGCAGCAGCCACGGAGAAGCCAGCGGUGGUGGAAGACUCCAGCAAACCCCCUGAGUAGACAAACAACUCAUAUCAUGGUCAUUUAAAAACAAAGAAUCCUAAUGUUUAGACCAUCUUCUUAUGCUGCUUCCUCUGCCAUCCUAACAGCGACCUCUAGAUAAACACGUCAGAUGAAACUCUC